CCUCAUAUACCGCUUAUAAUAAAAUACCGCCUCGUGUGUUGAAUUGUCGAAGGGGAGAAAAAAAUCUGGCUUUAUCAAAUAUCCGCGUGGCGAGCUCUGUGUGGGUUGUAUGUCCCGGAUGGAAUGUGUCUCUCUUUCAACGUAGAGACUCUUCCUCUUCUAGGUCUACAAGGAAAAAAAAACCUCAGCUGCCCUAGCUAAAUGUUAGCUGUCCAGGCAGUAGCUAAAUUUUAAGCUGUUGGAGCUUAUUUUUUGCUUUGGUGGUCAAAUAUUAGCUGCAGGAACUAAUGCUUCCGUAUAACAGCUUAUCCUGCGUGAUCUGGUUUGGAUGACGCAAUUAGCUCUCUCAACUAAUGCGUGGCUACCGCAGCAAAUGUUUAGCUGCCAGAGCUGAAAAGGUUAAUUAGUGCCUGGGCAGCCAACAUAUAAGCUAUCACAGCUAAUCAUUAGCUUGUGGAACUUACGUUUUUUUUUUUGUGUAGGCCGGUAGUCAGAGAAAGGAGACGUGGUCAUGCUAUUCAAAAACACGCAUGUUAUGGACGACCCAUUUAUCAAGUUAAUAUGCCUGGGUGGUGCCGCUAUGCUCGGAGGAAAAUUCUGGAGCUCUUGAAGCAGUGAGGUCCGCGUGGACUUCGUCUUAUGACCAGGCUGCGGGCGUGACCCGACCCCUCACCGCCCCGACAUGGACAGCAACCAGUUCCGCGUCCGCGGCCAGGAGAUGGUCGAGUACAUCUGCCGCUACCUGGAGGAGCUGCCGGAGCGGCGCGUCGUGCCCAGCGUGGAGCCCGGCUACCUCAAGCACCUCAUCCCCAAGGAGGCGCCCGAGAACGGCGAGGCCUGGGAGGACAUCAUGGCCGACGUGGAGAGCAAGAUCAUGCCCGGGGUAACUCAUUGGCAGCACCCUCGGUUCCACGCCUACUUCCCUUCAGGCAACUCGUACCCCUCAAUCCUCGGUGACAUGCUCUCAGACGCCAUAGGUUGCAUUGGCUUCUCUUGGGCUGCAAGUCCCGCCUGUACUGAGCUAGAAACAAUUGUCCUCGACUGGCUAGGGAAAGCCAUCGGCCUGCCGGUGGACUUCUUGGCGUUCGCGGAGGGCAGCAAGGGUGGUGGUGUAAUACAGACCUCGGCCAGCGAGUGCGUGCUGGUGUGCAUGCUGGCGGCGCGGGCGCAGGCCAUCAAGCGCCUCAAGCUGAAGGAGCCGGGCGCCGAGGAGGGCGUGCUGCUGGGCCGCCUCAUGGCCUACUGCUCCAAGGAGUCGCACUCGUGCGUCGAGAAGGCCGCCAUGAUCAGUUUCGUGAAGCUGCGCAUCCUGGAGCCCGACCAGCGCUGCAGCCUGCGCGGCCCGACGCUGCGCCAGGCCAUGGAGGAGGACGAGGCGGCCGGACUCGUGCCCUUCUUCGUGUCCACGACGCUCGGCACCACGUCGUGCUGCUCGUUCGACAACCUCAUGGAGAUCGGGCCCGUGUGCCGCCGCUUCCCCUCCGUGUGGUUGCACGUGGACGGCGCGUACGCGGGCAACUCCUUCAUCUGCCCCGAGCUCAAGUCCCUGCUGGAUGGUGUCCAGUACGCCGACUCGUUCAACACCAACCCCAACAAGUGGCUGCUCGUCUCCUUUGACUGCUCGUGUCUCUGGGUGCGCGACCGGCUGCGCCUCACCUCGGCCCUGGUCGUCGACCCGCUGUACCUGCAGCACGGCUACUCCGAGUCCACCAUCGACUACCGCCACUGGGGGGUGCCGCUGAGCCGGCGCUUCCGCGCCCUCAAGCUGUGGUUCGUCAUGCGGACGUAUGGCAUCGAGGGGCUGCGCCAGUACAUCCGGCACCACAUCAAACUGGCCAAGAGCUUCGAGGCCCGGGUGCUGAAGGACCCCCGCUUCGAGGUCUGCAACGAGGUCAAGCUCGGCCUGGUGUGCUUCCGCCUGCGGGGCACGGACCAGCUCAACAUGAAGCUCCUCAGCAGCAUCAACGCUUCAGGGCGGCUUCACAUGGUGCCCGCCACCGUCGUGGACAAGUACAUUAUCCGGUUCUGCGUCACGGCUCAGAAUGCCACGGAGGAAGACGUGGAGCACGCCUGGCAGGUCAUCACGGAGGUGGCCUCGAGUCUCCUCGGCGAAAUGAACGGCGAGCCUCCGGAGAUCAUGGACGACCGCAAACGGCGCGAGACGCUGGCCUACAAGCGGUCCUUCUUCGUGCGGAUGGUGUCCGACCCCAAAAUCUACAACCCCAAGAUCGCCAAAGCGGUGCCCGGUCAACGGCGGCUAGUCUCUUCCGAGGCUGACAUCGAGGACAUCGAGGAGGUCGAGAACGACGAGCCGGAGGUGGAGAGCGCCAGCAACAUCACCAUACAGAAGCCGAUCGCGACGUGGAUCAGCUGGCCGCUCGAGUUCCUGUUCCAGGGCGUGUUCGACGAGGCUCACCACGCGGAGGUGCCGGUGAGCCUCUGCGACAGGUUCCGCCACCUGGACACCAUGGUGCGGCUCAAGGCGCGGCGCGGCAGCUCCUCGCCCUCGCCAGAGUACGAGCCUCGCGACGACAGCGGGGGCAGCGGCGGCAGCGGCAGCGUGUCGCCUACCUCCUCCACGGGGCCCGCGCCUCCCCAGCCCGCCAUGCUGGUCGCCGUGGCAUCCCCGAGGCGGUCGCCCGCCUUCCCGCGCAAGCUGCACUUCGGACGGUCCAGCCAGCAGGCUGGUCAGGAGCUCGACAAGGACACCAAGUAGAGUGCACGCCUCGCCAGCCGCGUGCCACUCCGCCCGAAACCAUUGAUUGAAUCUGUGUAGAGUAAUUGGAGUGGUGUUCUAAUUUUAGCUCGUAAUUUAAUUCUUCGCGAUAGUGUCGCUUCCAUAGAAUUAAUCUGCUCUUUCUUCUGGAAGUCAUCAUUACACAGUAGGCGAUUGACUGGUGAGUUGAGUAUAGUUGAUAGUUACAAUUUUGAGUAGUUUUAGGAUGUUUUGUCCAAUUCCUUAUCUCAUUUCCUAGUUCAACUAGACUGUAAGGCAAAAAAAAAUAUUUUUAAAGCUGCAUCGGGAAAUGUAUUUCUUGGCUUUAUUUUUUAAUAUCCGACUAAAAACUUAAUGUUACUCCACAUUAUUCGACAACAGUGUAUUUUAACAGAGUGUUCUUGCCGUUCCUCUCUAAAUGGUGCUACACUGCAUUUGGUGGCGCGAUUAGAUACCGACUACAUUGCAGCUGUUUGUCCGAUUUUGCUGUCUGGAGUGUCUCGGAGCCGGUCGUCAGUUAUGUCGCCGCUUUCCGAAGACCAAGGCAAGAUACAAAAUUGGUUAUUGUUUUGUUAUUAUGAGUUGGUUAGCAUUUAGAGAACAUUGCCUCAUUAUUUUGAAUUGUGUCACCAUUGUGAAAAGUUGAACAGUGUUAAAUAAUAAUUCUAUUACAUGAAA